AUGGCUUAUGAUGAAACUGAUAAGUUAGAAAUACCUAUAACAAAGCUUCAAUGGGGUUUACGAGGGCUUCAAAUGUUUUUUGCCUUCAUAGCAAUGGCCACCAUUUCAGCGGUUAUUGGAUGGGAUAAUAAAUUUUUUUCUGCUAGCUUAUUAUCAGUGUUUUUCCUUUUCAUUUUAAUUAUAUCAAUAUUUUUUGCUGCAGCAAUUGUAGUUAUUCCUCAUUUAUAUCUUACAAAGGGAAAGUUUAUAAGUGCGGCAAGAGCAUUAAGAAUCCCUAGAAUAGAAUUUGUACUUUCAGCAAUUUGGGCAGUACUCAUACUAAUAGUGACAUUUUUAUUAACCAUUGAUGCAACUUUAUUAAGAAAGUGUGAUCCUUUCGAUCAAAAAUAUGCAGAAUACAAUCGUGGACCAAAUAAUGAAACUUUUAUCAAAGGGUUACCAAACAUCUGUAGAACUCAACGAGCUGCUAAUGCUUUCGGGUGGCUCGCUCUUACAGCUUGGUUAUGUUCCCUCGUUUUAAUUGCAAAUGAUUGGCGUAAAAAUAGACGUCAACCGGCGACACAAGGUCCGACUAUAUUCCCGGAUAAUAGACCAUCUAAUACAUCAAGUUCAACGUUAGAGCAUAAUCUAUCUGACACAGCUACUCAACCAACACAAGAAAAUUGA